UUCGCACAACUCUGUUGUUCGAAAAAUGGCUAGUGUCGGGUUUAGGUGGUUAGAUAUUUUAGAAAAAGAGUUUGACAAGGCAUUCGUCGAUUUAGAUUUAGCUUUAGGAGAGAUUGAAAGCGACGAACCGAAUGUCGUCUUCAACGUACGUCAAAAACUCUGCACGUUGGGUUCAUGUUUUGCUCAGCUCACGCAUAAGGCACAGACCAUUUUUCAAAACAGUGCUAAAAUAGAGGCUGAAUUGAUUCAUUUGCGCGCGGAACUCGUUGAAUCAAAAGCGAAAAAUCACCUGUUGGAAAACGAGCUCCAUAAUAUUCUGCUUCAACUUCACUCAUCACAGCUUUCACACCUACCGGAUAGUCUGAGUAAUAAGAAAGUAGACAGCCAUUUCAAACCUGACGUCAGCGCCAUCAAAAAAAGACUUGAAGCGGAACUGCGGCAAAGCCCCUUGAGAAUAAUUAAAAGGAGCGUAAGCUCCGAUCCGAAAGAAAAGGACGAAUUCAAAUUUAGUUCAAACUCACUCGAACCCGUGCAGUGGAAAACGGAAAACGCCCAAUUGCUAUCGGAAAAUGCCGCAUUGAGAAACGACGUUCUCGCAUUGACCUCCGAAGUGUACGGCGCGAAGUUGGCAGCGAAAUACUUGGACAAAGAGUUGGCUGGCAGAAUUCAACAACUACAACUUUUGGGCCGCGAAAUGAGGGGCGACGUACGAGACAAGCUCUGGCGGCAAUUGGAAUCUGAGAUCCUUCUUCAGAGACACAAAACCGUUGUCAGAGCAUGCAGAAGAAGCAGCACCUUGAAUGGGCAGGAUAGAUUUUCGAAGCCAAUGUUGGACAAUACCAACGGGGGGUUGAAUAAUUUUGGAGAUAUUCGGGUGGUGGUAGUUAAGAGGAAACCUGAGCAGGGUCUUGGAAUAAGUAUUACAGGCGGAAGAGAGCAUGGAGUUCCAAUACUCAUAUCGGAACUGGAACCCAACGGUCCAGCAGCCAUCAGCGAACAGUUGUACAUAGGCGACGCCAUCUUGUCCGUCAAUGAUAUAGACCUGCGCAACGUUUGCCAUAAGGAAGCGGUCGGUAUACUGCAGCAGCAAACGGGCGACUGCGUAUUCCACGUGCAGUACAUCGCCGCCGACGACAGCGACAACUCUCUGGAAGAAGACGGUUUCAACUUCAGAUUUUUCAAUGACGAAGUGUCUUCUGCAAACCAUGCAAAUGAAAUCAAGGGAUCUCAAGCAAACACCCCCACCGCUCCCCGAACGCCCGAUUCCCAACCUGUCAGCAGGUUAUCUCAAACUACCCCUGAGCACACAAACCUCAACGCUGCGACAAACAAUGGCACCGUACAACCGAUUAAAAAGAUCGAUGAAAUAAGCACAAACAACACGAACAACAACCAGCUCGACAAUAUAACGAAAUUCUCUGACGAUUUGACAACCGUGGAUACCAUGGACCUCAUUCUAUUAGAUAAUUCGACAAACAACAUAAUCAAUUUAGGCGAGUUUAAAAAAGUAGACGUACUGCCAGACAUCGAGAGCAAUUUCAAUUGUUCCGUGAACUCUUUGAACUCAAACAUGUCUUCCCCUAUGCAAACCAGCACGGAUGUAUAUUUGGAUUCAGAAGUUUUGUCGACCGAUGUCACGUCGAAUGACAGUCAAUCACCAAAAGUGAUUCAGACGGACGCGGUGAAAACCGCGGCUUCGUUCAGCUACGACAACUGCAUCAAAAAUAGUGUUUCCAUUCAGUCUCUGUCAAAUCCCAAAAGCGACCAGAGCUUGCUGAACUCAGACGACAGUAGCAGCGGGUCGCCCGUACACAAACUGAACAAGCACUAUAAAAAGCAGAAGAAAGUGAAAAAAAAAUAUUUUGGGGUUAAAACAUUGCAGAGCAUUUUCAAUCGUCAGGGCUAUUCCGAUAUUUCUACUACUGCGAGCGAGAUCGGUGAUGAACAAUCGCUCCACUGUGAAGAGAAUACAACAGAGGCCUCUAAUAACAAACCGACUUACACCGAUACGAGUCCUCAGUUUGAGGAAAAUGUGCACUCGAUACUCUCGGACAUUUUUCUGAAGAGCAACAUCGAGCCCGCGUCGCUCACUAAAUUCUCGAGGCAAAUUCAGAGUUCAAAAAAGUAUUUUUCGAUGCACGGUCAUAAUUUGAGGGUGAGCAAGGCCAUAAGGCUGUGCCCGAACGAGAAUUUACCCGAAAACGACGACGCCGACCAGAGGAAAGACAAGUUGUUAGCUAGGUAUGUUUACAAUGCGAAUUCGGUAAAUGUUGAUGGCGUCGGAGAUCCCGAUUUUGGAACUCCGGUUUAAUUUUUAUAUGCGCAAGGGUCUGUGUAAGGUGAACGCAAUACUUUGAAUGUAACUUCUGUUCAAGCAAUCUCUUCAAUUAAAUGCUAAUUACCAUUUUAUAAAAAUCGGUUCAUUUCUUCGGUUUAUUUUUAUUUUUGCUUAUUACCUCGUAAUUUUUUCAUACAUAUUGAUCGAAGUAUCGAACAUUUCUUUGCAACUUAACAAACGUAAAAAAAUGUAGAGAAAGCCAUUAAAUUUUCGGAAAAAGAACAAAUUAUUAUUCUUGGUCGUUUAAAUAGUUCAAAAUAUCAUUGAUUCUACCGUAAACAUAUUUUGUUAUUGUUACACUUUUAUUUGUAUAUUUCUUUUUUUUUCCUUUAAAUAAAAAAAUACUUUCACCAUUUUUUUUUUAAAUCAAUAAUUACACAAGUCUGCUGACUAUGACAUAAUCUGUUCGAACGCAAGUUCUUUGAAGUUGUUUCAAUGUUCUACUUUAUGGAAUUACUUAAGUACCCAUCUAUCUAUCUAUUAUUUGUAAAAUUGGAAAGCUAUUGCGUUCACUACAAAUUGCCCAAUAUGAAACUUGGUUUUCAAAUUAAUUGAUUACAGUGCUUUAAAUUUUUGAUUCUCAUAUUAUAGCUCUCUAUUUACAUUUGAAAGUUACAGGCACAAACAAAUAUAAAAACAUUUCGCAGUAUUCGGUCUAGGACACAAAACAAAACUAGUCAAGAAACUAAUUGUGAUGUAGUGUUUUCUAAUCCGUAGUUAAAGUCCACGCAGAAGCGAUCUGCUUGGAGUUAUUCUAUUUAUUAAUUCUAAUAUAAGAGUACUGAUUUUCUCAUUGAACCGAAAAUGGGAUAAACACCUUUGGCUUGUAUAGGAAAGUAUGGGAAUUUUUCUUGAGUUUAGUUUCUUUAGGAUCUUUUUGGUUACUUCUGAUAGUUCCUAUCUGGGAACAAGGCGAACCCUUUACAGAUGUAGAGUUAGAAUCAAACUUAACUGAAGAUGUUAUCCCAUUUUAAGAAAGUGCUUUAGCUUACAUAUUUAAGAGGUAAUUAAUUGAUAGUAUAGAUAGUCCGCUCGUGAGAGGGUGUAGGCAUUCAAUAGUAAAUAAGGUAUGUGAGGCGUUUCAAUCUUUUUAGGCACUAAUUUUCUAAUAUACAGUUAAAACACAGGACGAUACCAAGCAUCCUACCGUGGUUAACUCAAAAAGUCCCUCCAAGCUUGACCAAAUAAAGCAAGGGACAAGUCUUUUGUACAAAUUAAUUAUUCCCGCCAACUGAAUAAAUCAGUUAAUACCCAAUUUUAUUUUAUAUUUUCGAUUUAGUGACUGACGCAUGCGUUCUGUUCGGUUAGUUUGGACACUUUAAGAAUACUACAAGAACCAAGGCCUCCGUAAACAUAUCUAACUGCCUAGGCGCACUGCUGAUUCAAAUUUUUAUUACUUAUAUUUUAGUAAACCUUUUUUUUGUGUUUUAUUUGGAUAUAUAAUUAAAUUUUCUAAUAUGAGGGUAUUACAGGAUAACAAGAUACAUCCUUGUGAAUGAUCCUUAAUCGCAACACUUUGUUACAAGGGCUAUUGAGCUUCUGAGUCCUUCAUCAUAUAUUACUUUCGUUAAAGUACAUAUAUGUUAGGGUUAUAAUCCAAGUACAUUGGACCAAAAUUUUGUUGUGCUCAGUCAAUAAAUCUUGCAUUAAAACGUCUACCGAAAGAAGCAGGGUAUCGUCAAAAAACCUCUCCAAAUUAUUUUUUUUAAGUGAAGCACGUAUUCUGGUACAUUUUUUGAAUAAUUUUCACCUUAAUUAGUCAUUCGCCCGUUUUUUUUUACUUUUUACUAAACCAAUUAUACACUAAUAUUUACUCAGAAAGUAGUCUAAAACAAAGCGACAAAUUGGUAUCGGUGAUAUCGGAUCAUAGCAUGUUCGUACAAAAGAGGAAGGCUACGAACAAUAUUUAUCUGUUUAUUCAUUUAAAAAUAAAUCACACAUUUUGGGUUUUAUUUCUUGGGUGCAUUUACUUCACGUAACAUUAAAGCAAAAAUACCUGCAUAUGUCUCAGAAAAUAUAUGUAAUUAAAUCAUCAAACAAUUUUUCAUUUAUUGAAAAAAUCCGUUUUAAUGAAGUGACUCAAUUUUCGAUAUUAUCCCAAUUUACCAGAAUUGCUAUAUUGGUACAUUACUAGCACACGUAUUGACUUUUGUUGCCUUAUGCCGACCAUUAACACAGAUGAUCACUUAGGGUUCAUCCAUGCCGUCCAUAUGUUAUUUUUUUUUCGUUGUUAGUGUUAUUUCAGAUCAACCUACAGUAUGAUAAAUCAUCAUAUAUGUCUCUUUGAUGCUGUUAGGGCGCUAAACGCCAUUUUUUUAGAUUUACAAGAAUAUUUAUUAACUUACAUUAUAUAAUUUUUGUUUUUUUUUUUUGUGAAGAACCCAAAAAUUUAUAAAGUAUCAAGACUUAUCAAGUGAAACGCGUAAUCACUGAUACUGAACUUGUCACUAUAACUAAAUUUUACUUUCUUGAAAGCGUUACUCACCAAAUAUUUUAGUGUUAAGAUUUCGGUGUAUAAAAAUUCUGCGAAGAAUUUAUGUUGUCAUUUCGCCUACAACUGUUUUUACUUCGCUCUAGGUAACACAUGAAGAAUUUUGUUAUUAGAAAGGAGGGAUGAAAUAUAUUUGUUCACGAUAUAGCUUAGCUUGAGCCCAAUGGCGAAGAACCUAUCAAUCGUGUACAAUUAUUUCUUCUUAAAAUAUAUCUUUCCAGUUCAAAAUGAUGAUUAUAACAGAAUUAGAAGAAAUCCAACCAAACCAGCUGCAUACAGAUUUAGUAGUAUCGGUCGUCACAGAGAAGUAUUUUUUUAAAAUAAAUUUUAUUUUUUUAUCGUUGCUCAAGCUGUAAGCAAAAAGUAUUAGAAAGAACCCCAUACCUAUUUAUCUAAAUUGUUAUGCUUGGAUUUAGCUUCUGUUGUAUCAGUUUUGUAUUUUAUAUGUGUUGUGCUUAGAAGCGUUUUAAUAUUUUCUGCAAUUGAUAUAAUUGACACCCAGUAUUCCUAGUGGUAAAUAUGGACUAAUAUGUUGCUGCGCUUUUUUUCGUAUUUUGUAACUGAAUGUAAUCUUUAAAACUAUU